AUGUUGAAAAAGGCAGGGUGGUGGGAUGCAUGGCUGCAAGACCAACAAACGCCACGUACAUCAACCCGAUUAGAUGAAAGCGAUAUCUGGAGAAUGAGCCGACGCUUUGCAACAGAGUGUCUUCUUUCGGGACGAAAGUCAAAUGUUGAGAGGCCUGGGUUCUUGAAAACUGCUGUGGUUGACUUUUCGGGUCUUUCUGAUACUGCAAAGAAGGCUCGGGGCAAUCGACUCCAACCGGUUAUGCAAAUCAGCGAAAGCAAAGGACCAGGAACGUCAGCUUUCAGUGUGAGCAAUUGCAGCAAGUACCUUCUUGUGACAACUGGGCGUAUGAUCUACGUCUAUCACCUUCUUAGUCGAAAGACACGGCCAAUAUCUCCAGACUCGAGCGAUGCAGACAUGACACCGAUUUCACGCAUCUUAUGCCCAUUCGACGUGGUCUCAGCCACCAUCGACACCAGCAAAUCCCGCUUCACCAUCGCCGCCUUACUACACAAUCGCGUUGGCAUGAUUUGCGAUCUAGACAUGAGCCAGUCCACACAACCCCCCACGCCAAUCGACCCAUCAUCCCACCACUUCUUCUACAACAUCUGCACAGAAGACAACCCACCCCGCACAAUAGCCCUAUGCCCGGGCAGACCCCUCGUCGCCUUCGGCUGCGCGUCCGGGAUAGAAAUCCAUAGCACAACCUCCAAACGAACCGACAGCCGCAAACACUUCACUCUCCCCCAGCCCUCUGAAAUCCUCCACUUCCUCCCCAGCAACCCCGAAACACCCACCGAGCUCCGCCUCAUCUCCUCCCUCUCAGGCCCAGGCCUGCACGAAUGCAAAUGCCCUCCUUCCCCCAAACCCCGCUUCCACUUCCUCGCAGAUGUCCAGUCUUUCUCCCGUCGUCGCAUCCCACACGCACCCUCCCGCAGCUUCGUUCGCGCAACGCACUGCCACCAUUACCGUGCCGUGCCGAUCAAUGACGGUCUCCAUAUGAUGUUCAUCGACCCACGCUCAAACUUACUCUGCAUUGGCUCUGAUGCACCAAUCGGCGGCCCAACCAGUCUGACCCGUGCUUUCGUCUGCAUACCUCCCUUCGGCACGGACGCAAUGCCUCCCAUUCCGGUGGCCUUUGCUGCGGCCUCGGAUCUCCGCUGGGGUCUGCGCAUUGUCGCCGUUUAUGGCAACCGCCUCGUCCUCUACUCCGUUCCGCUCGAUGUCUUUAAUGUUAUCCGUCGUGAGCGUCAGCGCCAGCUCAGCGGUGCUAUGGGGGAUGGCGACCUUGCGCGCGACUGGAAUGUUGAUCCUGAUAAUGGGAGGGAGUUCUUGAGUGUUGCUUACCGGGCUACGGCGAUGAUGUGGCCGUUUAAGGUGUAUGGGAAGGUGAUUGGGACUGUUGAGGAUGCUGUUGAGGUUUCGGUGCUGGGUGGUGAGGGUGGUGUGCGGGUUUGGGCCUUUGGGGGCGAUGGCAAGGGGGAGAUUUUUGAUGUUGAUACUGGAGAUUUGGAGGGUAGGAGGUUUGAAGCUAGGGAAGGGGGUUUGGUGAAGGUCGAUGGAUCGAAGAAUAGUUCUUUGAAGUGUUCAUUGAAGAGGAAAAGAGCAGCCGAGGAUGAUGGUUUCGGGGGGAGGUAUGGGAGAGGUCAUUUGGAUGUUAAGCCUUGUUCGGCUGGUUUGCAUGGGCAUCUAGAUCCCGGUGUCAGGAGAUCAUCCUUUGCGGCCUGUAUUAUUGAUUUUAAGAUUCCUGAUUUGGGCAGUUGA